GUCAUUUUCAUUUUAAUAUUGAACUGUGCCCUGAAGUUGUACGUAGUGUUUGGGUUCCUCAACAAAGUGAAGUGAAACGCGAAAACUGAUAAAAGCGAAUUUAGCCGCAGAUUAGGAAACGGCCAAUGGAGAGUACCGGGAUGUCAGAUAACCAAAGAUACUUCCAAGCGUCAUCCAGUUCGAUGUCGCACGAUAUGCACCUAACUGAUGACGAAAAUAAUUUUAUAGAAAUUUCUGUUGAUCCAAAUGAGGAUGAUGAUAACGUUGAAUACAUUGAAUAUGAGGACGACGAUUUGAGUAAUUAUGUUGUUCUUGAAGAAGAGGACGAUGCAGAAAUUGAAAAUGACGAGUCUAAUCAAAAUAUGAAAUUUGAAGAAAAAUCUUAUACUGAACACAGUGAAAUUGUGGAGGAUAACAUUGAUGAUCAUAGUUCAACGUCAAAUAAUGAAGACAUGUACCAUUGUAGUACAUGCAAUAUAGACUUCCAUUCAGUAGAGGAUCACAUAGCUAAAUUCCAUAAAGAUCAAUCCGUCUUGUUCGAUGUCGAAGAAAAAGAUGAAUUAGCAGAGAGAGAAAUUGAGAGCCAAGAGGAAGCAGUGCCUAGCAAAAGGACAAUAAAAUUAGAAAGUGAAACUGAAGCACAAUCUCACAGCAAAAACAUCGGUGACCUCCAAGAAAUUGAAGGAGUGGAGAUGUAUACAAUAGAUACAAUUUUAGAUACUGAUAAUAUGGAAGUUGCCGAAGUAGAAUAUAUCAACGAUACAUCGGAUAAUACGGAGUCUGUAGGUGGAAAUGAUAACGAAGAAAUGUUCUUUGAUUCGGCCGGUCGUCCUUAUAUAAGAAAGAAAGUAAAAAUCGAAAAUGUAGACCUUCAAUCAUUCAAGCACGAUCCAAAACGAAACGGCAAAAGUAGUAAAAUUGCCAAAGAUGAUUCCGCGAUUGAUACAAUUGAAGGCGACGAAAGCUUGCCAGAAAACUUUUCAAUUUUAUUUAUUUGCGUGAAAUGUGAUAAAAAAUUUUCCACUGAGCGAAAGCUAGCAUAUCACACUCGAGUCCAUCAUAAAUCUCCGGAUGUAUUAAAAAUGAUAAAGCCAAAGAAGAGUGUGGUUGAACAAGUUGUAUGCGAGAUCUGCAACACUAUAUUUCCUUCCAAUAAAAGUUAUAGGUUACAUGCACGGAUGCACGGUCCCAUUAGAGUAAGGCCAAUCGAAGAAGCCAUUGGAUAUGAAAUGAAGUCAUCCGCAAAGGAUGGUAAACUAUCGAAUGAGACAUUUUUCUGUGAAAUAUGUAAUAAAAGCUAUGAUAUAAGCUUCCAAGAAGUUCAUAAGAAAUCGCAUAAAGCUGGCCAAAAAUUUGUUUGCACAAUAUGUAAUAAGAAGUUCGCAAAUGGACUUAAUCUCGAGAUGCAUCUGAAAGCACAUCAGGAAAAUCCCAAGCCGAAACCUCCGACAAAAGCUGAAAGGGCAGGAACAACGCUGCCCUAUGAGUGUGCCUAUUGCGGUCGGCAAUUCGCAAGGCCACAUGAGAAGGUGAAACAUGAAAGAAUUCACACAGGUGAAAAACCCUAUAAAUGUGAGAUUUGUGGAAAAUGUUUCCGUGUCGCAUAUUGUUUGACACUGCAUUUGCGUACACACACUGCAGCCAGGCCAUAUGUGUGUCCACACUGUAAUAAGAGAUUUAAAGCAUACUCUGGCUACAAUCAUCAUCUAAUGACACAUUCUGACGAGCGGCCUUAUAAAUGUCCCCAUUGUCCGAAAGCCUUCAAAACAUCCGUUCAGCUCGCUGGUCAUAAAAAUAGCCACACUAAACCAUUCAGUUGCCCACAUUGCAAUCGUCCGUUUGCCUCACUUUAUGCCGUCAAAGCUCACAUGGAAACACAUUUGAGAAGUAGCCAAACAUUGAAACAUCGCUGUCCAGUCUGUGGAGCAAUAUACGCCCGUGUUUUCGCCCUCAAGGAUCAUAUGAAGGAGCAACAUCAAACAAGUUUCACAGAAGGUGAUGAAGUUUCAGACAUAAAUAUAGCGGACGUUCCAUUUUUGAAUGAAAAUGAAACUUCGGCACAAUCGAUUCUUCCAGAGAAUGUAGAAGAGAUAACAAUUGGAGAAAUGGAUCACUUUCAAGCGGAAGAGGUGGUAACAGACUGGCUUAAAUGAGAGAAACGUAUUUGGUUUUAAGUUAGCAGAAAUUGUACACUCUAAUUCAAGAAUAUGGAAACCAAUUCAUAUGUAUUUAUUAUUUAACAAUUAGCUAGGUUAUCAUGCCAAUGGAGAAUAAAAGUAUUUGAAUAAAAUUU